AUGCAAUUAAAAGAGAAUAAAGUUUGGAUUGACGGAUGUUUUGAUUUUACACAUUAUGGACAUGCAGGUGCUAUCCUUCAAGCUCGUCGAACAAUUCCAAAAAAUGCUUUAGAUGGAGAAUUGUAUUGUGGUGUUCAUAAUGAUGCCGAUAUUACAUUUAAUAAAGGUCCCCCAGUAAUGAAUUCUGAAGAACGAUAUGCUCAUACUAUGUCAAAUAGGUGGUGUUCACGGGUAAUUCCUAAUGCUCCUUAUGUAACAGAUCCAAAAGUAUUAGAUGGAUAUGGCUGUAAAUAUGUUGUACAUGGAGAUGAUAUUACGCUUGAUGCAAAUGGUGAAGAUUGUUAUCAGGAAAUGAAAGAUCUUGGAAGAUUUCGUGUUGUAAAGAGAACCGAUGGAGUUAGCACAACAGAUAUUAUUCAUAGAAUGUUAACUCAUAAAUAUGAAUAUGAUGAUUCAAUGCCAAAUUUAGACUUAUUAACAAAAUAUUGUAGUGAUAUUAAUGGAUAUGAUAUCAAAUGUUUUGUUUUCAAUGAAAUUCUACAAAAUAUAAUAGUUAAAGGUGUAAAGAGAUCUACAACAAAAGGAUAUAUUAUAAUUAAUGGUGAUUUUGAUUUAUUUCAUAUGGGUCAUAUUGAACAGAUUAAAUAUGCUUAUGAAAUAUUAUAUCCUGAUAGAGAAAUAUAUAUUGGAUUAAGAAAAUUGGAUUUAAAUGGACAAAAGACAAUAAUGUCAUUAAAGGAACGAUUAUUAAGUAUAUUAAGUUGUAAAUAUGUUGAUGGUAUUAUUAUUGAACCAAAAUUAUCUGACAUUAAUAAUAAAAAUAAUAUAAUUGAAAUUGAUUCUCAAGAUUUACUGUUAAAUGGUCAUUUUAGUAAAUAUUUAACCAAACAAACAAUAAUUGAUCGUAUUGAAUCUCAGAGAGAUUUAUAUAUUGCCAGAAACUUGAAAAAAGGUAUGUCAUAUUGA